GGAACAACCAGGGCACCAGCUCGCACUCUCUCCGCCCCAUGCCGCAGAACACACUCUCGAACCUCAAAAUUCCCUCCCACAAUCCUCGUAACACCAUGCGCCUCUCCGCCCAGGCACUCUUGUCACUCGCGACAUCCCUGGCAUGCUUCGGGGCCGUGGUCGACGCCGGCGGCGUGCUGGAAGUCGACCUCGUCUUCCCGCGCAACGAGACGUACGCGCCUGGGGCUGACAUGCCCGUCGUGUUUGCAUUCCAAAAUGGCGACGCCGAGUUCGUGCGCUAUCUCGAACCUGCCAUUGACUACUUCGUAUGGAAUCUGUCUGAUGGUAAUACGGUGAACUCAAGCUUCGGGGAACAUAGAUGGGCGAAAACGAAUUGGUCCAACCACAAGCCCGGCGAGCCCUACUUCUUGCACGACUUCCACGGCCUUUUCAAGCCGGGCAUGGAGGGUAGGUGGCGGUUGUCGUGGCAGGUCUCCUGGGCAAUCUGCGGCGAAGAAGAGGACGACCCCGAGCCUGUUUGGAGGAGCAACUCGUACAUCCAAUCGGUCGAAUACACGAUCAAUAGCAAGGAUGGACGCGCGUGGGAUCUUGUUGCUGCCACAGCCGACGACAUAACCUGCACUACGGCAUUUGGUGUUACUAUCAACGCUACCGACGUGGUCAGGGAGGUUCCCAAACGCAAGACUGUUGACGGCGGCACCUGUGCAGUCGUGUACCACUCCAGCCCAACACCGAAUCCAUGCCAAAUCGAGGUCAGCUCUGCCGCUGCCGCGAGCAUAUCGGCCUCAUGGACCGCGAGCCUGUGCAGUCCCUGGGGCAAGCUCACAAUGCCGCAAGACACACCGGCAAACUGCCCCAGCGAAAACGGUGACGUCCAGCGGUUGGCUAUCGCAGGCGUGGCCUCCUUGGCAGUGGCAUUGGGGGCGAUUGGAUUUCUUCUGCCAUAACUGGGAAUUUGAUAUCAGACCGUGGUGGAUAAAUCAUAUUUCCCUUCUGGUCAGACUGGCACUUUUUCACUUUGAGAAUGCCGUAGUUCUUAACUAUCUAAAUCAGGUGGGUAAUGAAACCAACUUGCUGUACGGAUACAUGUACGCUAGAUGUGACUGAUACCUGCUCUUGGUAGCCGUUGGGCGGGGCACGCCGGAGCGCGUCCGAACCCAGCCCCUAACGUAUGUACAUUACUGUUGGAUUUGGCAGGUGCUCAGGGAGGGCAGUUCAGGGGUGGCUAGUGGCUUGGUAUAGGAUUAUCAGGAUCAGGGAGAUGCCUGAAGCUGUUUUGGAAAAGGGAGAUGCCGAGAUCAAUUAUCAACUGAGUUUGUUGCCCAUCCUUUGCCGCCUAAACACUGCGGUACGGUAAAUUUCUGGCUGUUAGCUUUCCAACACUCCUCCGGGAAGGCCACCUAAACUCCCAACUUCCGUUCCUACGCAG